CACUUGCCGGCCAAGACGGUCCUCCUCGACACAUGGACCGAGUGCGAAGCAUUUCGCCACAAUGGCAUCACGCGCUAUCAACACCACAUCAAUCCGUCCGUGACCAACCCGACGCUGCGGUCGACGGCGCGGGACGAGUGGGAACACGUCAAGACGAUCUUGCUCCAGUACCUGCCGGCGUCGCAGAAGGCCGGCGCCGAGCUCAGCGAUGUCGACAUGGACGUGUGCCGGACCGCGUUCCACGAAAGCCAAAAGAAUCGCCGGUUGAGCAUUGCGAUGGACACGGAGACGAACAACUUGCUCGAGAAUUACCCGUCGCCCCACCUCUUUUAUCGCGUCCAGCACGACGUGCUUCGCGCCCUCGAGGAAGGGCCGUUCCGCCACUUUAUUGCCGGGAAAGGCUACAUGAUGAUUGUAGACCGCAUGAUCCGGCGGUAG